AAUCUUUAAAACCAUUGACCAUUCUUGUUUCUGUUGUUGACCAUGGAGUCCUCAACCAUUCUGCCAUUAUCCCACUUCUCCUUUCUCUCUCAAAAAACCCCAUGGAACAAGCAUUGGGAGUUUUCCUUUGAAUCAAUGGAACCCAACAUCUCAAAAGACUCGAUUAAAUUGUCAGAAGAUGUACGUUCCAGGAUUUGGAGAAGCAUCACCAGAAGCCAAAGCAGCAAAGAACCUCCACAAUCUUUUUACAUAUGUUGCCGUGAGGGUUGUCAAUGCACAGCUUGAGAGCUACAACACGGAGGCCCAUAAGGAGCUAACAGAAUUUAUGGAAAAACACUCUUUGAACGAUGGGGAUAAGUUCUGUGCGGCGUUGAUGCGUGAAUCAUCAAGACAUAAAACCCUAGCCAUGAGAAUAUUGGAGGUUCGAUCCGCAUACUGCAAGAAAGAUUUUGAGUGGGACAAUUUAGAACGAUUGGCUAAAAAGAUGGCAGAUGAAUCUAACACAAGACUUAUGAGGGAUUACGUGUUGGAAACAAGUCAUGUAGAAACUGAAAAAAUGAAGUCGCCCAAUUUUAUGGAUAAUAUCGUGUUGCAUAUGAUCAUGUUUAUUUAUAUAUAUAUUUCAUGUAAUGCAAACCAUUUCACACCUUAUUAA